CCCAGUUAUCAAACUCCGUAAACUUACACUUUUUUGUCUCCUUCCUCGACAACUUCAGAAUUCUUUUUUUUUUUUUUGAACGGACAACUUCAGAAUUCAGAUUCAUGUUUUACUUGCAUCUGUGUUGGUACUACUGUCAACCAACGAAUCAUCUGUUGGUGUCAAAAAAAAAUCAUCUGUUAUAGUCAAGAAAUACCGUUUUAUAUUAUACACUUGGUAUGGAUCCAAAAUUUGGGGACACAAAAAUAUCACAUUCAGUAAUAUAUAAGAACCUUAAUUUGGAGCUGGAUAGUUGCUUGUGCUCUCAAACACUUCACUAAUGGUGGUGGUGUCUUUGAUAAUAAGACAAUUGGGGCGACUAGCUGUAUUUCGACAGGCUGAGUGAUCAAAUGGACCAUAAUAAGGCCCAAGUUGAAAGACAAAAAUCUUAUGCAACUGCAUUUAUUCAUACACCUCACAUAUAAAACAUCAACAACUAUAUUUUUUUUAUUCCUCAAAGUUGCCAUAACUUGGAAGCCACAAAAUUCCUUAGUUUUAGAGUUUAGAAUUCAGGUUUGUGUUGGCAUGCCAUUAUUUUAAAUAAGAAAUCAUCAAGCAAAAUAAAACCUUGAAGAAGAAUAGUACGUGUGUCAAACAUGGGGCCAUGAGUUAAAGAGUAUGAUGUAAUCGUGUUUAGUGUUGGGCAUCAACGUCAGGCAAAAGCACUGAUCGUAUCGAUCAUCACCAGCUCAACAUGCGUAUAACAUUAGAGUAGUGGUCUGCAUGCCAUAAUUAUUAAGGGACGAAACAGCCCAGCACGUCCAUUGUUGCCAUACUGGACCUGGAUAUAUCAUCGAUGGAUCGAUACUAUCAUAUAGGAGUAGCUCAUACUAACAAAUAGGACGAGAGAUCAUUUGUCUGUGUGCAUUGCAGCAUGCUCCAUCUCUCAACUUAAAACUGUACGCUCCGGCCGGCCAACAAAAUGCAGCAAGCAUCCAAGCCCAAGGCUUCCUCAUCGGUGCCUAGAGUUGCUAGGCUGCAGCAGGUCAGGCCAUCAUCAGCUGCUUCCACCUCCAACAAUGCGCAUGCGAAUGCGAAUGCGCUGCUCGACAAAUCUUCCAUGGACAUACCCAAGCCAGAACGACGAUCCUUCAAGGCAUCCCGGGCCACAACUCCCGAUAGAAUGCAGAAAGCGCGCGGAGCGAAUGCGAGGCCCGCGGCGGCGUCGGCGGCGGAGCAGCUGCUGCAGGCGCAGCUGAACGCGGUGCAGGAGGACCUCAAGAACGCGCGGGAACACCUGGCCGUCAUCGACAGGGACAAGGCCCAGCUCCUCCACGACCUCUCCCUCGCCCGCCGCCUCGCCGAUGACGCCCACGCCGCUCAGAGCGCCGCCGAGGAGGCCCUCGACCUCGAGCGCUUCAAGUCCAUCGAGCGUGAGCAGCUCGCCAUCGACCUGGCGCAGACGAAAGAACGCGACUGGAACGCCAGGUGCCACGCCAUCGACCUGCGCCGCGCCGAGCUCGCCGCCGAGCUCGGCAGGGUCAAGGACGAGCUGGCACUGGCCGUCGAGGCCACGAACACGGCCAGGCAGAUCGCCGACGCCAACGCCGACAAGGCGGCGACCCUGGCGGCGGAGGUGUCCCGCCUCCAGUCGGAGCUGGAGACGAAAGCAGAGGAGGCCACGGCGAUCGUCGCCAAGCUGGAGUCCGAGGCCUCCGGGCUACGAGCCGAGCUCCAGAACGCAGAGGCGUCUCGGAAGGAGGACGUGGGCAGAGCAGAGCAGCUUCUCCAUGGCCUCAAGGUUGACAUCGCCUACGCCAAGAGGGCAGAGGCCGAUGCCAACCUCGCCGCCCAGGAGUGGAAGACCAAGGCAGAGUCGCUUCAAGCUCGCCUCCACGAACUCUCCUCUCUCAACAAAUCCAACGAGGACUCGCUCCAGUCACUGACGAGCAGCUUCGACGAAUGCAAAUCCAUGCUGCAGCACGAGCAAUCCCAGGUCGUCCAGCUCAAAGAGAAGGUGUCAUCCUUGGAGAAGGAAGCGCGCGAGUACAAGGAGUGCUUCUUGGAGACCAACAGGCGCCUCGACGUUGCAACCAAGGAGUCGCAUCAGCUGCAGGCCACCAUUGAUCGCUUGACCUCUCAACAUAAGCUGCUCAACGAAGCACAUCAGCAGGUUGUCACCAACGAGAAGACGGUGAACUCGCAGAUCAGCCUGCUGUCUCAAGACAAGAUCAGGAUUGAGCAGGAGCUCGAUGGUGCCAGAGAUGAGAGGGAUAAGGCCAAGAAGGCCGUCGAAGAUUUAGCGGCUGCGCUGCGCGAAGUGUCAUCGGAAGCAAGAGAAGCCAAGGAACGUGUACUGGCAAAACAGACAGAGCUGGACAGUGCACAGCUUCAGAUAUCCGAGCUCAAGGCAGAGAUGAAGAAUGCACAGGACAGGUACCAGCUAAUGCUUGAUGAAUCCAAGAGCGAGGUUGAAUGCAUCAGCAAGACAGUUGAGAAGCUGGGUUCAGAAGCCAAGAUUUCCAACGACGAAUGGGCAUCGAAAGAGGCCGGGUUUGUAGAAAUGAUCAGGAGAUCAGAAGAAGAAAUGAGCUCUAUCAAGUCAGAGAUGAGCAGUCUAAUGGUGUCACUUGGAGCUGCAGAGAAGCAAGUGCAGGAGCUCAAGGCAGAGAGAACCCAGCUGCUUGAUAAACUGAAACAAUCUGAACUCACCAAUUCAGAAGGUAGUAGCAUCUCAUCUACUGGCGUUCAACAAACAGCUGAUGAGUCCGAGAGCACAGUAGGCCUCAAGGACCUUGUGUCAAGAAAGGAGAAGGAAGUGCUUGCUCUGAAUGAUGAGGUCACUGACCUUCGUCUCAGAGAGACAGCUGCCUUGGCAAAGGCCAACGAGCUCUCAAAGCUACUAGCAGAGGCAACUGCGAAGAAAGCCGAAGAAGAAGAGGCGGCAAAAGGCACAGAGAAAUCCAAGGUACUACUGAUGAAGCUGGAAAUGGACAAGUUGCUGGGAUCACUGAAAGCAGCAGAGCAAGAAGCAAAUGCUGCCAAGGAUGACAAGGCUCAGCUGCAGGCCAAGCUGAGGCUGCUCGAGUCCAAGAUGACCGAGGCCAACCUGACCGCCGAAGAAGAGAAAAUCAGCAGCCUAAGGUUGAAGGAGACGCUUGCGGAGAAGGAGGAGGAGCUACUGAGCAUUGCACGAGAGUACGACGGCCUGCGGACGAGAGAGGCCGCUGCGCAAGCGAAGAUCGAUGAGCUCUCUUCACUGGUUGCAGAGGCCUCCACAGCUAGGAAGCUAGCAGGAGAGUACUCGGCUAAUGGAGUGGCGGCUAUCAGGAGCCCAGAGAAGCAGCACAACAUGUUCCGGAAGAUGAUCUGCUCGCCCAUGGACAAUGUGCGAGAUGAUGUGAACAGCAGCAACAGGAGAACCCAAGAGGAUGAGAUUAAGCACGUCGAAGUGGAGACGGUGAUCAUGAAGCAGCAGCAGCAGCAGGUGAUAGUGAAGCAUGGAAAGGAGGAGGCUUUAGCAAUGGAGGUGAAGACUCUUGAGAACAGCAAGAUCAUAGAAGAUGACAUAAGCAAGCAUAGGGACGACGAUGAUAAUGAGUCGAGCGACGAUGAGGAGAUCGAGUCGCAGGGAGACGAUGCAGCUGUAGAGCAGAUGAAUGGACCGCUGAUUCAUGGGCCGACGUCGUCUUUCAACAAGGAGCAGCACAACCAGCAUAAGAAGAAGAAGGCUUUGCUGAAGAAAUUCGGGAGCCUGCUCAAGAAGAAAGCUCAUUUCACCAAGUUGAACAGCCAUGCCAAACUAGUAUCUUAA